AGCGCCGCCGUCUCGGUGGUGCAUCAUGGCGGAGGAGAGCGGCGUCUGCAGCUUCGUGUUCAAGAAGCGGGUCCGAGCCGCGGGCAGCGGCCGGCGGAAACGGCCCGGCAGCGACCAGGAGCGGGAGAGCAGUGGGGAGGAGGGCAGCACCGUGGUGCGGAAGGAGCGGCGGCGGGACACCCCCAACCCCAUGAUCCAGAAGACCAGGCGCUGCACGAGGGAGAGGCCCGAGUACGCCCUGAGCAGCAGCGAGGAUGAGGAUCCCGCCAAGGACAUCGGGGUCACCUACAAAUCCACCAGGUCGGCGAAACCUGUUGGCCCAGAAGACAUGGGAGCCACAGCAGUGUAUGAACUGGACACGGAGAAGGAGAAGGAUGCCCAGGCCAUCUUUGAGCGCAGCCAGAAAAUCCAGGAGGAGCUGAGAGGAAAGGAAGAUGAUAAAAUUUACCGUGGCAUUAACAACUACCAGAAGUACGUGAAGCCCAAGGACACAUCGAUGGGAAAUGCCUCUUCAGGAAUGGUCAGGAAAGGCCCCAUCCGUGCUCCGGAGCACCUGCGGGCCACGGUGCGCUGGGACUACCAGCCCGACAUCUGCAAGGACUACAAAGAGACCGGGUUCUGCGGCUUCGGGGACAGCUGCAAAUUCCUGCACGACCGCUCGGACUACAAGCACGGCUGGCAGAUCGAGCGGGAGCUGGACGAAGGCCGCUACGGCGUCAACGACGAUGAAAACUACGAGGUGAGCAGUGAUGAGGAGGACAUGCCUUUCAAAUGCUUCAUCUGCAGAGGUUCCUUCAAGAACCCCGUGGUCACCAAGUGUCGGCACUACUUCUGUGAGAGCUGUGCCCUCCAGCACUAUCGCAAAUCCCAGCGCUGCUACGUGUGUGACAAGCAAACCAACGGGGUCUUCAACCCUGCCAAAGAGCUCAUGGCAAAAUUGGAAAAACACAAAGGGGAGGAAGAAGAGGAGCAACAGUCAGACCAUGAAGAGGAUCCACAGUAGCAGAACAUUUUGUACAUAACUGAAUAAAGCUUUUGUAGGAAAAGAAA